UUGAUAUUGGGGAAGGAUUCAUGGAUGCCUCCUUAAUUUUGGUAUGCGGGUUCGCUGGCAGUUUGAAUUCUGCUGCAUACUCUAAUUUAUUUCCACCUUUGUGAUCAAUUUAGCCGUGCAAUUGCUUGAGGGGGCUGCCGUAAGAAUGGGAAUGUGUAUUCUGGUGCAGUAGUGUUAUUUGCUGAAAUGUAAAUGAACUCUGGUUUGUGUUCUAUGAAUUCUGAGGUGAUUCUUUUAAGUGUGUUGUUGCUGGCAUUGUGAAGUUGGAAUUACUUGUGUCUAUCGUGAAUAAGAUAGUAAUUUGUUGGGGAUAGAUUAGGUUCAAUUGGGUAGGUUGAGUGAACAGGAAAAGACCUUAGGGAACGUGGUGAAAAGGGUUUCUUGUUUCAGGAAUGGGAUUGCCUCAAGUGUCUUCCAGCAAAAUUGCUGAGGAGGUGACUGUAUCAUUACGCACAUUGGCACAAACUCCACCUCGAUUAACGGGUGCGAGCUAUGAUACGAAUGAAUUGCACAUUGGUCGUCCAAGCAAUCAUAUGCUCGGGGAUCUCUCUUGCACUUUGUCAAGGGAGGUUUCAAACAAUGCUGAUGUCGGCAGUGCACAUAAAGAUGGCAUGGCCAACACGCAUAGAUUAAGAGUUGGUACAGUAGAAACUAGAUUUUUGCCAUUUAAUGGUGGAAGGAUUGCUCAGACUCCUGCUUCAAGGAUUGUGGGAUUCGAUUCAACUGGACCAAAUACUACUCAUCCUAAUGUUGGUGUUUUUGAAGGACAUAAAUCUGCUGUUCCUUUUUCAACCAGUGUCAUUGGUACCACUGAGGCAACUGGUUCUCUGGUUCGGAAACAGUUGUUUUCUCCUUUGAAUGGCUUGCUUUUACCAGAUGAAUUUAAUGAUAGGUGCAUAGACCCUGGAAGGGACAUUAACAGGAUGGAUUCUCUGUUGUAUGGUGAAAAUUAUGGGAUCAACUUGCAAGAACAUAAAAUAAGUAAUGUAAGCAACUCCAAUCAUGGCCAUACCUUGUUUUCAUCCAAAUCUAAGUUUCUUGAAUUCAUUCAUACUCACAAUCAACAUAGUGGGACAAACUCUAGCAUCAUUACAGAUGGCCCUCUGUUUGAAGAUGCGAAAGGUCAUCCUGAAAUAUUUUAUUCAUCUUCCCUGGAGUAAGUUCUUAUGGAAAAUUGCCUAAAUUAAAGUCUCAAAAUGGGGCGAUAGACAUAGUGCAGGAAAAAGUUGUGUCACCAUCAUUGUCUCUGUCACCUCUUGGACCCAAGUCUUCUAGAAGAAUGAGAACUUUGGAAGAGUAUGAGGAAAUGUUGGAACUUGAUGAAAAUUGUUUAACCUUGAAGGAUAUACGACAGUCACUUGAAGGAACUAUCUGUGCCAUACCAUCUUCUCAAACAGAAAAGGAUUCUAAAAUGGCAUGUGAAACAUUUGAAGAUAUUGAUGUUUUUCAAAUGAACUUAGAGCAAUUCACUCCUGAAAGUAUAACUGCUACUAGAGGUAACUUGGGAUGUGACUCAGCAUUUACAAACCAAUGUGCCAAAUUAGGUAGGAAUCUCAGUGGAUUGUCUGUUAAAAGAUCCUUGGUUGGUUCAUUUGAGGAAUCACUGUUAUCUGGUCGUUUAGCAUCUGGGAUUCCGUCCCAGAAAUUUGAUGGUUUCCUUGCGGUUCUUAAUAUUACUGGAGGAAGCUUCUCACCCCACCCACAGAAACUUCCAUUUUCUGCGACAAGUGUGGAUGGUGAUAACUACUUACUUUAUUAUUCAUCAAUAGAUUUAGGAGGGCAGUCGUCUCCUAAUAAGUACAAAGCCCCAACAAUGAAGAGGAGCUUUAGCAGCAAUGGCUCCCCAACAGAAAGAAGUCGCUUGCGUGUUCCUAUGAAAGGGCGUAUACAACUGGUUUUGAGCAAUCCAGAGAGAACACCCAUUCACACAUUUGUUUGUAAUUACGAUUUAAGUGACAUGCCUGCUGGCACCAAGACAUUUCUACGCCAAAAGGCUACUUUAGCUUUAGACAGAAGGAGAUCUGACUUGAAAAAAGAGGGCAAAUGGAGUUCAUCUGUAGAAAGAUCAGAUAUUAAAGAACAUAGGGGCAGUAUAGAGUUGGAGAAUGUACCUACUGUACCAUCUAGUGUUACUGAAAGCAAAUACGCAAAUGGCACUUCAAAGGUCAAUGACAGUACUGCAUGUCCUGGUGUUCUCCGUUAUGCUCUACAUGUCAGAUUUCUGUGUCCACACCCAAAGAAAUAUUCCAGAACAUUUCAGAGGUGCAAGUCUGAUACUGCUGCUCUGCCUGUGAGAAACAGAAUGGACAUUGAAGGUGAGAGGCGCUUCUAUCUGUAUAAUGAUUUGAGGGUGGUGUUCCCUCAGCGUCAUUCAGAUUCUGACGAGGGGAAGUUGCAUGUGGAAUAUCAUUAUCCAUCUGAUCCAAAGUACUUUGACCUUGACAACUAAAAACUCCUGUUAAGUUACCAACUGAUGUAGCUUUUCUUGUAAAUAUCAGUACAUGUAUCUUCUUGGCCAUUUACAGACAUGGCCAUAGUCCAUGUCACCUGUAAAUCCAUCAGAAUAAAUAGAUCAUUCAGUCUAGUGAAAGAGUUGUAAACAGUGUAGAUAAGCUUUCAUGCUCCUUUGAAAAAGGACUAAAUCAAAGCUAGAAAGUGACACUUCAUCACCUUCUCAUCAUGGUGAAAGUCCUUCUGGCUGAUAUGUUUAGGUGCAUUGCUCAAUUUACUGUGUAGGAAAAAUUUGUACCCAUACCAACAUUGUACACAGAUUCUUUAAUCCUUGCACAUUGCAUUCAAAGCCCUCUUAUUUUGUACAUUUUA